CUCUUAGCCGCCAUGGCGCUGCAAGCAGCGCCGGGCAACGACGACUUACCGCCUCCCAUUUGCACACACACACACAAUGUGGCUGCACCCAUGGCACGAGCGCCGUCUCGAUGAGGUGGUGAACCGCUCCUCCUUUUCGUGCAAGGGCCGUGAGAUGAGCGGGCUGAGCCGCGCGCACUCGCUGCUCGCUCACCGCGGCCUGAUCAGCCCGACGCUGCGUGCCGCGUCGACCGUCUACUACUGGCGCCACACCGCCGCGCAGGAGCGCUCGCGCCACGAGGCGGUCUGCAGCAAGGCCUCUGGCUGGCACCUCGCCUCGUUUGGCUCGCACGGGUCGUUUGCGGACCGCGCGAGCUGGAUCUGCCGGCGCGCGAGGCACGAGAUUGGCGGGCGUUCGCGGUCGGCGGCUCCGCGUGUGCUCGACUCCUGCACGACGUCCAACCUCACGUCGCUCCCGCGGCGGUGGAGGGUCCGACACAACGUGUCGCGGGCCGUGCGCGGCGCGGGCUACUGGAAGUGGAAGCCGUUCUACCUGCUGAAGCGGCUCGCCAAGCUCGCAGACGGCGACGUACUGGUCCACCUGGACUACGACCUCACCAUCACCGACGACGCGUCGGCGCUCUUCUGCCUCGGCCAGAACGCGGAGCGCGGCGUCGCGCUCAUCCACUUCCCAUGCUGGACCGACCGGCAGUGGUCCAAGGCGGAGCUCGUGCGGGCGCUCAACGCGACCGACGCGAUGCUCGACACGGCGCAGGUGUACGGAGGGGUCGUCGUGCUGCGCAAGACGCCGUUCGCGGUGCAGUUCCUGCGCGAGUGGCUGCAGGUCGCCACCGACCCGGACCGCGACCUGAGCGAGGACGUGCCUUGCAGGAGACACGACCCUCCCGGCUGCGAGCAGCGCGCAAGGCACCCGCCGGGUUGCGAGUGCGCCGAGUGGGCGACGCCGCAGGACCCGGCCUUCCGCGAGCAUCGGCACGACCAGCACGGCCUCAAGACCUUCCCGAUGCCCACCGCCUCGCACGACCCGCGCUCGCUCUGGUCGUGGGACGCGGGAUACUGCGAGGCGGCGUGGCCGCUCGAGACGUCGCGCGGAGGGGAGAGGUACUUGCCGCGGGUCUACUCGCCCAAGGGAAAGAUGACGUCGCCGGGCGUCGUCCUCCACUGCGCCCAGGCGUGGCUCCCCCUGUUUCCUGUUUUGCGACCCGCGUCUUCUUUUUUAGGCGUCGUCCUCCACUACGCCCAGAUGGGGACGCUGCCCGCCUCGAUCCACGCCUGCGCGGCGACCGGCCACCCGCCCACGCACAUGGACUACCUCGACGGCCGGGCGGUGAUUGCGCGGCUGGAGGCGGCCGCCGCGAUGCUCAGGCCGCUGCGCGGCGUGCCCAGCCACCGCGCCGCGCCCGCGUCCAGCCGCGGCUUGUGCCGCGUGAGCCUGGUGACGCAGGAGUCGCAGACGGCAAAGUGCGAGGAGGGCGUCUCGUUCGGCUGCAUGGACUCGAUCCGACGAGGGCCGAGAGGCGCGCACCUCGGAGACGUGGUCUGGAUCUUUGGCGGAUGCCGCGGCCGCUUCCGGUGCGACAACAGCGGCAUCGAGCUGCGGUGCGGCAUGCCCGGGUGGCCGUCCAGACAGAUGUACCGGUGCCCGUGCGUGACGCCGACCGACGAGGUGCCGCUGGGGGUGCCUCUCGCUCUGCAAAAGAGCUAA